UGGAACUUGAAGGGAGCGCCUGCUGUCUCUGAGAGCGCCUGCUUGCCCUCUCUGAAUUGGCCUUUUGUUCUCUGGGUUUCUGCGAGAAGGGGCUUUAAGUUUCAGAAGGUUUGCGCGGACAGAGCACGGAGACUGGCAGUGUAAAAUUGACAGAGAGACAGAGGGGAUCGGCAUACGCACACCCCUAAUUGGGCCUGCAUUCGCAUCUUGGUAGCCUGCCGCUCACAUGCUCGAGCAGCAUGGCGCAAGUGAAAACGGUUGACGAGCCUCUUUACCCCAUUGCAAUCCUCAUCGACGAACUCAAGAACGAUGACAUCCAGCUUCGGCUGAAUUCGAUCAAGCGGCUCGGUACGAUAGCAAGGGCUCUGGGGGAGGAUAGGUCGCGCAAGGAGCUCAUUCCGUAUUUGACAGAGAACAACGAUGAUGAUGAUGAGGUGCUUCUUGCCAUGGCUGAAGAGCUUAAGGGGUUUGUCCCCUAUGUUGGGGGCGUUGAGCAUGCAAGCUGUCUGCUGCCGCCACUGGAGACACUCUGCACGGUGGAGGAGACGGUCGUCAGAGACAAGGCUGUCGAAGCGCUGUGCAAAAUUGGGUCGCAGAUGAAAGAGCACCAUAUUGUGGAGCACUUCAUCCCGCUUAUCAAGCGAUUGGGCACUGGGGAAUGGUUCACCGCACACGUUUCAGCGUGUGGCCUCUUCCACAUCGGAUACCCCAGCGCCACUGACCCCCUGAAAGCGGAGCUGCGGGUCCUGUAUGGCCAGUUGUGCCACGACGACAUGCCGAUGGUCCGCCGUGCAGCCGCACUCAACCUGGGGAAGUUUGCUGCAACGAUAGAGCCGCAGUACCUGAAGGGCGAAAUUAUGAUGUUCUUCAAAGAUCUCACACAGGAUGAUCAAGACUCGGUGCGGUUGCUGGCUGUGGAGUGCUGCGCCGCUCUUGGCAAGCUGCUGGAGCGACAAGACUGCGUGUCGCAUGUGCUCCCAAUAAUCAUAGCCUUUUCACAGGACAAGUCUUGGCGGGUACGAUACAUGGUGGCUAGCCAGUUGUACGAAUUAGCGGAUGCCGUUGGCCCUGACCUCGCCAGAUCGGAAUUAGUGCCCGCUUACGUCCGCUUGCUAAAAGACAACGAGGCCGAAGUUAGGAUCGCCGCUGCUGGGAAGGUAGCCAAAUUCUGUGGCAUCGUCACCCCGCAGCAGGCUCUGUCCACCAUUCUACCGUGUGUGAAGGAGCUGUCGACGGAUGCUUCGCAGCACGUCCGUGCUGCACUCGCGUCAGUCAUUAUGGGUUUAGCCCCCGUCCUUGGAAAGGAGGCUACUAUCGACCACCUUCUACCCAUCUUCUUGGCGCUCCUGAAGGACGAGUUCCCGGACGUCCGAUUGAACAUCAUUAGCAAACUGGACCAAGUGAACCAGGUCAUUGGGAUCGACCUCCUGUCCCAGUCGCUCCUGCCGGCGAUCGUCGAGCUGGCCGAGGACCGGCACUGGCGCGUCCGGCUAGCGAUCAUCGAGUACAUCCCGCUGCUCGCCAGCCAGCUCGGAAUGGACUUUUUCGACGACAAGCUGGGGUCGCUUUGCAUGCAGUGGCUGGGGGAUCAGGUAUACUCGAUCAGAGACGCUGCGACCGUCAACCUGAAGAGGCUCGCCGAGGAGUUCGGAUCGGAGUGGACGCAGACCCACAUCAUUCCGCAGGUCCUCGAGAUGAUCAGCAACCCGCACUACCUGUACCGCAUGACGGUGCUGUACGCCAUAUCCCUCCUGGCCCCCGUCGUGGGCAGCGAAGUGACGUGCCAGACCAUGCUGCCCGUCGUCCUCAACGCUGCAAAGGACAGGGUGCCUAAUAUCAGGUUCAACGUCGCCAAGAUGCUGCAGUCCAUCAUUCCUGUGGUCGACUCGACGGCUGUGGAGACGAGCAUUAGGCCAGCUCUUGUGGAACUCAACGAAGAUGCCGACCAAGAUGUGCGCUUCUUUGCUAGUCAAGCCUUGCAGAGUUGCGAUCAAGUCAUGAGCACUUGAUCAGAAGCCGUUUGGAGGACGGUUAGGUAGUCAAUCGAUGGGAGAUCUUAUCCUUCUCGACGAAUGCUUUUGUACAUUUGUCAUAUGGUUUUGUGACAAG